GCUCAUUGGAACAAACUUUUGUAUUGUAGUUGGCUUUUAUCGUGGCCAUUGUUUUCCAAAAUCCAAGAUGGGAUUUUGGCAAUUACACAAGGCCCUGUUGAGCUCUUUGUUUCUUCUUCAAGCUGUGGCCGUGGCCAUGGCCUUGUCUGUGCCACUGCCAGAGCAAGCCAAGUACUACCACAAUGGCAGCAGUAGCAGUACUAGUACAAGUACUCUGAGAAGAAGAGAGCUCGGGGGAGGCUGCAACUUGUUUCAAGGGAAAUGGGUGGUUGAUGCUUCGUUUCCUCUCUAUGAUUAUUCCUCAACCUGCCCCUUCAUCGACCCCCAGUUCAAUUGCCUCAAAUAUGGCCGCCCUGAUAGAGAUUUCCUCCGCUACGCUUGGAAGCCUGAUUCCUGUGACUUGCCCAGGUUUGAUGGGAAGGAGUUGCUGAGCAGGUGGAGGGGGAAGAAGAUAAUGUUUGUGGGAGACUCACUGAGUCUGAACCAGUGGCAGUCACUGUGCUGCAUGGUGCAAGCGUCGGUGCCAGAUUCCAAGGCCACUUUCGCCAAGAAGGACUUGCUCUCCUCCGUGACCUUUCAGGAUUAUGGAGUAACAAUAUAUCUAUACCAUUCAACAUACUUGGUAGAUAUAGUUAGGGAAGACAUUGGGCGAGUACUGAAGCUGGAUUCCAUUCAAGGUGGCAAUGCAUGGAAGGGAAUGGACGUGCUGAUCUUCAACACGUGGCACUGGUGGACCCACAAAGGCAAAUCUCAGCCAUGGGACUAUGUGCAGGAUGGGUCCAAAAUAUCCAAAGAUAUGGACCGUUUGAUGGCGUUUUACAAGGGGUUGACAACUUGGGGCAGAUGGGUUGACCUAAACGUUGAUCCUUCCAGGACCAGAGUCUUCUUCCAGGGGAUCUCUCCCACCCAUUACCAGGGCAAGGAAUGGAAUUCAGGAUCAAAGAACUGCCUCGGAGAGCAGCAACCGCUGUCUGGUUCGAGUUAUCCGGCAGGGACACCUGCAGCUGCCAUUGUUGUGAACCAAGUACUGAGUAGAAUCAAGAAACCAGUGUAUCUGCUAGACAUUACUACACUUUCACAGUUGAGAAAAGAUGCUCACCCUUCAACUUACAGCGGGGUGAAGGCUGGCACUGACUGCAGCCACUGGUGCCUUCCUGGCUUGCCCGAUAUCUGGAACCAGCUUCUAUAUGCAGCUCUUAUCAUGUGAAGUUGAAGACUAAAAGCACUGUUUACUGGAAUGCUAAGCAUUACACUACAUUCAUGGGUAGGCAAAUAAAGAGGGCAAGAAUCCAACUGUAAAGUCAUUGAUCUAGAAGGAUACAGAAUGUUGCUCAUAGAAAGGGAAAUAGGAAACAGUUUAAGCAGCCAUUUGUCCAAGUGGGGAUUUCUUAUUUUGCUUGAUUUCACUGUGUGGUUGAUUUGUGAAAAAUUUAGGUUCUGUUUGGAUUUUGUGGACUCAGAAGUAUGGCUUUAGUGUUGAUCAUUGACAGUUGUACAAUCAAUUCAAAUAAUCGUAGAUUGAAAUUUCAACCUCAA